GUGAAAGAAAAGGAUCUGUCUUUCUCUCUCUCUCUCUCUCUCUCUCUCUCUCUCUCUCUCUCUCUCUCUCUCUCUCUCUCUCUCUCUACCGCCAGAACCCUCAGCGCAAACACAAAGAGGAAGAGAAAUACACUAUAUUCUCUCCCACCACUGAGUGGGCACACACACACACACACACAGCCUCGGGCUCCAUCAGUAGGGCUCCAUCGGACUCCAUCGAGCUCGCGGUGGUUUCGAGGUUAUAUGAAGGUUUUCAUUCAUUCAUCAUUUCCUGCCCGCGAUAGAGAGACUGUACCGGAGACUGGAUCGAUCCUCGGGGGCGCACGUCAUGGCGAAUGAGCCCGAGCGCAACAGCCGCGAUCUGCGCGAGCUCCGGGAGCGCGCCGGGAACGACAGAUGCGCGGACUGCGGUGCCGCAGAGCCGGACUGGGUGUCUGUGACUCUCGGUGUGUUUGUGUGUCAGGGAUGUUCACUCAUACACAGAAGUAUUCCCAUUCUCAGCCGGGUGAAGUCUGUGACACAGGACGCGUUUGAGGAGAAAGAGAUCGAGUUUAUCUCUUCUGUGGGGAACGAAGCGGCGAAGGCCAAGUACGAACAGCAGGUUCCUCCGUUCUAUCACCGGCCCUCGCUCACAGACUGCAGAAUUUUGAGGGAACAGUGGAUCCGAGCCAAGUAUGAGCGACAGGAGUUUAUACACAUCGAGAGACAAGAGCCGUAUUCUGCAGGCUACAGAGAGGGCUAUCUGUGGAAACGCGGACGAGACAACGGCCAGUUCCUCAGCCGCAAGUUCAUCCUGUCCGAGAGAGAGGGGGCGCUCAAGUACUUCAACAAACAUGACGCUCGAGAGCCGAAGGCUGUAAUGCGGAUUGAAACUCUGAACGCUGCGUUCCAGCCGGCGAAGAUCGGGAACCCCUGCGGCCUGCAGAUCACGUAUCUCAGAGACAACAGCACCAGGAACAUCUUCGUGUACCAUGAGGACAGUAAGGAAAUGGUGGACUGGUUCACGGCGAUCCGGGCCGCGCGUUUUCAUUACCAGAAGGUGGCGUUUCCUGGAGCUAACGACGAGGACUUGGUGCCUAGACUGACCAGGAACUUCAUGAAGGAAGGAUAUAUGGAGAAAACCGGCCCGAGGCACACAGAGGGCUUUAAGAAGCGCUGGUUCACCAUGGACGACAGGAGACUGAUGUACUUUAAAGAUCCUUUGGACGCGUACGCGCGCGGCGAGGUAUUCAUCGGCAGUAAGGAGAACAGUUAUACGGUGUUGUCGGGUCUCCCGCCCGCGACUCAAGGACAACACUGGAAGUUCGGCAUCACCAUCGAAACCCCGGACAGGAAGUUCCUGUUCGCCUGUGAAACCGAGGCGGAGCAGAAAGACUGGAUCGCUGCGUUUCAGAGAGUCGUGAACCGGCCCAUGAUGCCUCAGGAGUACGCAGUUGAAGCUCAUUUCAAGCACAAGCCUUGAUGUCGGCGGGACAGACUGGACAAUCGACAGCAGUUUCGUCCAGUGACCGACAUGGAAGAGCAUUGAAACGACCCUGCCUACCUUGAUUUAGUGCUAACGGACUGAACACUGGCCUGUGUGGACGAGUCUCCAGUCUCCUACAUUCAUCCGGAUACAUUUGAAAACGCUGUUUUCGUUUAAACCGCUCUCCGUCCACACUAGCGUUUUCAGACAUUUGCGUAAACCCUCACAAAAGCUCACUGAGAUGAUAUAGACAGAAAAAUUAAUGAUAAAGCUAUCGCUCAAUUCUUCUGACAGGAUCAUUUUAUUUAGCAAAAUAUCUCAUCAUUCACUGAUGCGUCCAGCAAACCCAGUCACCAUUAUAUGUUCGGUCUAAAACUGCUCAUGUUUCACCGCAGGACAGCAAAUGUGAGUGAGUCAUUAAUCAUCUUUGCUGUGAUAUGAAGAGUGUGUAAAGUAACAUAUGAAAGUGAACAGCACAUAACAGGCACAACACCAAUAUAAACAUGACCAUUUAUUGGUACAACAUGCGUCACAUGACUAAACUUACAUCAUAGUGUAUAAAUAGCUGAGAAUUUUGACAGUCCACACUACAACGCCAAGCGUUUUCAGAUGUAUCCACUUUGGAGAGCGUUUUCAAAAAUCGUAGUUUUGGUUAAUAAAACCAGCGUCUCAGUGUGAACGCAAGAUAAAACGCAUUAGUGUGGACGAGGCCUCAGCUGUCAUGAAUGUGUUUAUGUGUUACCAAAGCAGACAAACUGCUGUCUCCGACACGCUACUGUACAAAUAUGGCAUGUGAAUGUGUUUCAUCGCUCUCAAACGUAACAUUUAAUCUGUAAAUCACAAGGUGAGCGACGCCACGUGCGUUUGACUGAUGAUGAUGUUAUUUAUUGGAUUAUUCAAGCUAAUGCUGCUGAGGAAUAGAGGAUCCUCGGACGCCACGCAACGUCUACACCGCAAAAACAUGAUGCCUGACUCGUAUUUUUGUCUUGUUUUGCAGUGCAAAUAACUAAAUAUUUACUUGGGAAGGAUCAAAAAUGCGUUUUUACUUUAAAUUAAAUGGAUUCUUUACUUUGAAUGAAGUUCAUAGGCAUAUUUGUUCAUGUUUUAAGCAUAAACUCA